CGGUCGCCUGCGAGGCCCGGGGGUUGCAGUAGGAGAGGGCGGGGUGGGAAAGACCGAGGGGAUGGACCGCCGCGGGGCCUGCGCCAUUGCGAAACUGCGCGGGCCCCCUCUGCUGGGAAACUGAGGCAGUUUCCUACCACCCCCUACUCUUGCUUUUCAUCCCGUGUUUGAUGGAGAGGGGAGAGUGACGUUGGGCAUAAUUUGGAAUGGGAUUAACAUCUUCCAGUGGUCUCCAGUAUGCAGCCAAUUAGUAUCCUUGUCUCCUACCCAAAGGCCCUGGAGCAGGGCUCUGACAGGCACAUCCCAGUGGUCCCAGAUGAGCCAGUCCCUAGUCCAGGUGCCCGGACUAGACAUACAGCUGAGUAGGAAGUAUCACACCACAAAUAAGCUUUCUACUACCAAGGAUUCCCCACAGCUUGCUGAGGAAAAGGUUGGUGCCUUCACAAAGAUAAUAGAAGCCAUGGGGUUUACAGGACCUUUGAAAUACAGUAAAUGGAAGAUUAAGAUUGCUGCCCUGCGCAUGUAUACUAGCUGUGUGGAGAAAACUGACUUCGAGGAAUUCUUUCUAAGGUGUCAGAUGCCAGAUACAUUUAAUUCGUGGUUUCUUAUAACUCUACUUCAUGUCUGGAUGUGUCUAGUCCGAAUGAAACAGGAAGGCCGGAGUGGGAAAUACAUGUGUCGUAUCAUAGUUCAUUUUAUGUGGGAGGAUGUUGAGCAGCGUGGCAGAGUCAUGGGGGUGAAUUCCUAUAUCCUGAAGAAGAACAUGAUCCUUAUGACAAAUAAUUUCUAUGCAGCUAUUUUGGGAUAUGAUGAGGGGAUCCUUUCAGAUGAUCAUGGGUUGGCUGCUGCCCUCUGGAGAACCUUCUUCAACCAGAAAUGUGAAGACCCUCGCCAGCUUGAAUUGUUGGUCGAGUAUGUGAGGAAACAGAUGCAGUACUUGGACUCCAUGAAUGGUGAGGACCUGCUUCUGACAGGGGAGGUCAGCUGGCGCCCUCUAGUGGAGAAGAAUCCUCAGAGCGUCCUGAAGCCCAGUUCCCCAACUUACAACGACGAGGGUCUUUGAUGGUCUUAUUCGUCCAAACUGCUGGCCAGCUAGCUUUGAGGAGCCACCAGGGGAGAGGUGACUGUUUGGCUCAGGGCCCUGCAGAAAGUGACCUGAACUGACCUCUAACAGCAUCUAUCAAAUGUCUGGCCCCGGUUGUGUUGAUUUUUCUCUUUGGAUGCUCAUGAGUAUGAUCUGGUGGGGCUCAGUGCUGGGAUGUAAAUGCUUAGCACUUCUCCCUCAAGAGAAGCUUUGAGCAAGAGCUCUCCAGCAUAUAUCUCCCAAAUCUCCUGUAACAACCAUGUGAUUGAUAGCUUUUCCCAAAGGUGAAAGGGAUGGUGCUGUUAAAAAGGUGCACCCCCCACAAGGCCCACUGUGGCCUAGGAGCCAUUUGUAAUGCUGCUGAGUCAAGAAAAGUAACCUGGCUCUGUCCUCCAGCUUUGAACUGUGGGGUUGAGUUGGCCAUUAAAAGAAACAGAGUCAUUUCUCUGCAUGGCUUUUUUUUAAUUCCAGUUUCUUUUAAAAACUUACUGAGUUGACAGUUGCCAUAAGUUGAGGAGCACACUGCCCAGCUCAGUUGGAGACAGGGAGGAGGAGAAAGGUCAGGAGGGUCUCUGCUGCUAGUUUUGCCUCCACUUCAUGGAGCUAGCACUCAUCUGGCCAAGGCACCUCCUGCGAGGCCCUGUCCUCUAGAACCCAGGAGGCCUCUCAGUGGCUGAGGUGUUUGUUUCAUCCUAAAUUGUUUGAAAGGAGGACUCAAGAACAAAGGUCCCUUUGCCACCCCCUAUUGAACUACAGGUGAAGGACAUGCUGUCUUCCCUGUCUUGGUUCCCCCUUAGAGAUUUUUGGGUGAAAAAAGAACUUGGCUUACUUGUACCUAACCACCUUCCCAGCCCUCUCCCCAGCUCUCUACGCCCUUCCCAACUUGAGGCGCAUGUGCUGUGGAGCCUCCUUGGUCUGAGUACUUGAGGACCAGUCCCCUCCUCCCUCUUAGUGUGGGUCAUCUCUUGGGGGAUUUUCUUUAAAUUUAAGAAAGGGGGCGGGGAACCAUGUUGCCCUUCCUUUCCCCAUCAAACUUUGUUCAUUUAACUUGCUAUAAAAUGAGUCAUAUAAAGAAACUCUAUAUGGGUGAGGUAUAUCCCACUUCUGUGAAAACAUUACAAAUCAAACCGCCUUCUCUGAGUUUAUUUAAGAUGCUUUUGUUGCGAGUGGAGCUCUAGAGUGAAGCCUCCUCUGUGUGUGUGAGAUAAUAACACCUUGUAACUCAUUACAGCUGGGCACUAUUUACAUAAACCAGAGCUGAGCCAGGCAGGAAUUUGCUGAUUAAUUUAUUUUUAAUGGAGUGAAGUAUACCAUGCACCAAAAUAAACUUUACUGUGUGUACCUAAC